AUAGUUGAAUUAUUAUUUAUUUUUAUUACAAUUUUGAAAAUCAAAACCUCAACAAUUAUAUCGCAAAAUCUUAACAACUUUAACAAAGAAUUAGGGAAAACAAAUGUAUAUUAGUAGUAAAAAAAAAAGCUUAAACGACUUUACUCCCAUCUCUUUCACAGUUUCACUCAAAAGAAAAAGAGAGGACAUGGUCCAAAUGCCAAACAAGGCCGCCAGUAGUCCACCAAAGCGAUGGCUUGAACGCAUCAAAACAUUCUUUGAUGUUCCUAACCCGAGACUUGCUAGAAUUCUAUAUAUAAGCAGUUUUGCAACAUUCUUCUCGGGGAUUGCGUUUGCUUUUGAAUGGACAUUUCACGGCAAGAACCAUAGAGGAUUCCAAUGGAUCAUCUACUACGCCUUGUCCCUGAUCAUUCUACCUAUUAUCAUCUGGGUCGGUCUCGGUAUCACCAUGAUUGUUACCUCAAGCCACCACGUGUCAACGCAAGUUGCUAGCGUAGCAGUUGGAGAAGAAGAGUGUGUCAACAACAACAACAGUUCUGCCGGGAAGAGUGGAAAUGAAGAAACUAUAGAAAACAAUUGUGAGAGGUUGGCGAUUGUGGUUGAUGAUAUGGAUCGAGAAAAGUGCAACGGGAAGGUACUUGAGAAUAAGACCUCAACCGCAAAGCUAAAACGCACAGUUUCAUUCCCAUUGCAUAGUCAAGUGCGAUCAUGUCGGACUAGGUGAGUCUUCUCUCCGAUUCGCAGCCAUCAAUCCAUCUUCCAAAAGUUAAAGAAACAAAAAAUGUUCUUCUUAUUAGAAUUGUCCUUAUUGUUAUCCGACGCAUCUAUUAGCUGAUUGUUGUGUCGUGUUUCAUUUGAAUAAAUUGUUACACCGG